AGCCCCGAUCCCAGCCCGGGGGAGCGGCCCCGAGCCGCCUGCGCUGCUCCGCGCUCCCAGGGUUUCCUCGGCUUCGCUGGAAGGCUGAGGAAUGUCUCUCAAUAACUACAUCCAGAUGUGCCUACUUGGCAGCCCGCUGCACAGACAUUACCGAGGGGACACAGGAUCAGCGCUAUCAAAUGGGAUUUGAAGAGCUGAUCAAAUAAGACAGAAGAUCUCCAGGAAAAGUAUGGACAGUGGUGCCAGGCAGCUCAAACACAGCUUUUAACAGUCCCAGGAACACCGGAGAGACAAUGAGAGUUCGCCCCAAAGGGGAUGUGAUCUGUACCCUCUUCUUGCUGGUAGCGCUUUGUUCUUUGCUCUAUUCCCAAGUGGAACAUUUAAUCCCGGCAGGAAAAAAGGAACCAACACAGAACAAGCCUCGAGUAACACCAAAAAUGUUCUCCAAUCCCAGAGCACCUCAGAGGCUGAUGCCAACAGAGGCAACUGCACCCAGACCCCAAGUUACCCCUGUCAUGAGACAAACAGAAGUGGCCAAAAGCAGGGUCCAAACUACAACUCCACCCCCGCUGACUGAUUCUGCCUUCAACUUCAAGCUCUAUCUCCUAAACAAGGAUAACAGGAACUUCAAUCUCCUCAUUAACCAGCCCAGGAAAUGCCAAAAAACACCAGGAGGUCCCUUUCUGCUCAUUGCUAUCAAAUCAGUAGUUGAAGACUUUGACAGGCGUGAGAUUGUCCGGAAAACUUGGGGCAGAGAGGGUUUGGUGAAUGGGGAACAGAUCCAGCGAGUGUUCCUCCUGGGAACACCAAAGAAUAGGACAGUGCUGGCAACAUGGGAGACCCUGAUGCACCAGGAGAGUCAGACAUACCGGGACAUUUUACUCUGGGACUUCAUGGACACUUUCUUCAACCUGACUCUGAAGGAGAUCCACUUCCUGAGCUGGGCUGCUCAAUUCUGCCACAACGUGAAAUUUAUUUUUAAAGGUGACGCUGAUGUUUUUGUCAAUGUCGAGAACAUUGUUGAUUUCCUCAAGAGACACGAUCCCACUGAAGACCUCUUUGUUGGGGACAUCAUCUACAAUGCCCGUCCCAUCCGUGUCCGGAAGAGCAAAUACUACAUCCCAGAGACCAUGUAUGGGCUGAGCAUCUACCCUGCCUACGCGGGAGGAGGAGGGUUUUUGCUGUCAGGCUGCACCAUGAGGAAGCUCUCUAGGGCUUGCAGAGAGGUGGAGCUGUUCCCCAUUGAUGAUGUCUUUUUGGGCAUGUGCUUACAGAGAAUCAGCCUCAAGCCCAUUUUACAUGAAGGAUUCAAGACCUUUGGCAUUGUUAAGCCUUCUGCUGCCCCACACCUACAGACGUUUGAUCCCUGUUUUUACAAAGAUCUCAUGGUAGUCCAUAGCCUGAAAGUUGCUGAGAUCUGGCUAAUGUGGAACCUGCUCCACAGCCCACGGCUGUCCUGUACUCAGAAGAAGCAGGUGAAGAAGCCUUUCCAAUGGAAGAAGAAAGCUCAGACAACACCAACAUCACCCCUCAGAUAAUGCAGGCAGAGUGCAGCUCACACAGCAAACCAGCCAAGAAAGGGAGCCUGGACUGACACAGCCCAACAAACCAACUUUCUGAGUACUUUAACACAUCUUAUUUACAAUGUUAAGAGAAGACAAUAAAAUAUUGCAGGGAUUUUCCCAAAUUCCACAUUUGCACAUACCACGUGGGUCCAUCUGUACUAAUGAGUCCAAAUUAUCAUAACAUAUAUAUAUAUAUAUAAUUUAUUAUUAUUUAUUAGGAUUCUAGUAGUGCUUAGUGGGACAAUGUGUAAAAAGCACAUUGACAAAUGCAGCCCUUGGAGAUUUUUCAGCAUUGUUAGAAGUGUGAGAAAUGAAAGAAGACAUAGGGUAAGAAGAGACACCAGGGAGCACAGGGAUCAUUGUCAACUUGCUAUUUGACUUGGAUUUAUUGAAAAAUGACCAAACAGUAAUUAGGGUACAGGAAAUCAAGUUCCCUUAGUGUCUGCUCAAAUCACAUCACUGCUGCCUGGUUGGUUUUCUGCAGGCCUUGUAAGAGGAGAACAACAAACAGCUGUUGAAAUGGGGUCCUAAUGUUGCAGUUCAGGUGGAUUACAAGAAAGCAAACUGGAUGCUGAGGCUGGCGUGGCUGGUGGAGCAAAAGACAGCUCAAAUAUCUGCUCUACUGCCAUGCUCAAGAUUCAAGGGACCAGUGGAGCAGGUUUUGGCACUUCGCCGAGCUCAGGGUCUCUGUACUAUGCUAACUAACAUUCAGGGAAAAUUCAGAAGUCAUCAACAGUAUUUGAUCCCUCUCACAAUCUGACCCAAAUCUUCAGAAGUUUUGCAUCUGGAGAGAUCCUUUGGCCUUUGCUUAUAAGGGUAACCCCACACAGAGUUGCUGCUUGCAUCACACUUGGGACCUGCUUCAAACCAAAGAGUGGACUGGGCUGUUUCUACAGACCUUGGUGCUCUUGCUUAGCACAGUCAGCUGCAGAGAGCAGCCAGGACUUUCAUACUGCUGCGGGUAUCACAUGAAGGGAGAAAGCUUUCAGACAAAAGGACUUCAGAAUAAAAGUCCAUCUAAAUUUAUUGCAAGAAAUCAAAACCACACUGCAAUCUUUCUGUUAGGCUUCCCAAGGCUCAGUCGAGAACUUUGUAAGUAUUUUAAGCAUCAGACAAGAACACUGAAUUGCUCAGUUUUUCAAAGUAUAGUCCAGACUUUGAUGCAUUUUGUUUUUCCCAACAGCAGACUACCUUAGAAGAAUAUACUUUUAUCAGACAUCAAAGCAGAAGUGAAUUCCUCUAAAUCAGGGUUAAAAAGCUAUGGAAUUCAUGGGGCCUGAAUUCACCUCUGAUACUGUGUUUGUUAAUUCUUUUACAAGUUUUUACCCCCUCAACAAAACUCCUGUCCAUCAGAGAAGCCCUUGGGAUGGAACAUCCACACAGCUUCAAAGGAAACUACAAUCAGCCAUAAAGGCCUAAAGUUCCUUUCUCUUGCAGAGAGCCUGCAGCACAGCUGCAUUUCAUAUCCGUGUGCAAGCUCCCUCCCACCUGCAGCACUUUGGGCUCAGUACUCGUAACGAUGCUCAGAGAGAACAGCAGGCUGGGCGUGUCUGGGGCAGACUAUGAACAACAGCUUUACACGAUGGUGAUCUUCAUCAGGAGUUCAAGCCUUACAAUAAUGUAUUUCCAAGAGAAGGUCAGCUGUAUAGAAAUGCAAAGUUUUCUACAUUUGGGAUAUUUUCAGGAUGCAAUCCUGAAAUACAAAAUGUUGACGUGAGCUUCACAAGGAGCUUUGCAAGGUGUGGAGCUAAGCCAAAGCCUCACUGGUAGGACAAAGUCACCCCCACCCCCCUCUGCUAACACAUGUGAUACUUGUGUAUUUAUGAAAUUGUACAGAAAUGUAUUACCUGUGAGUAGUUUACAGUUUGAGAAAUUAUUUAUACCAUCAUUAAAAGACAGCAUACAGAUGUG